AUGAGCCUCUGGGAGACGGAGGCAGCCCCGCAGGAGAGAGAGGGCCCGAGCGGCGAAGACGAGAGGAAACAAGGCGAGAAGAAAGAAGGGUGGGGUGCGCAGUGCGGCGGACAAGAGGGAGAGACCGGAGAGGAAAGGGGACAGGCAGAGACAGCCACAGAGAGGACGAGCAGGAGGAGGAUGGAGCAGGGAACGGCGAGCGGAGAAGCGCGAGGGAGAGAACGUCUCGAGAGAGGUCCACGCAGCGCCUUCCAACAGCUCGACACCGCAUGCCUACUCCGAGAACACUCCUCGCUCCGCUCGGUCCUCUCAGAGAAGAGAGAAGACGACAGCGAGAAAGCGCGCAGAGAAGCACUCAAAGAACAGCACCAACGCGAGGAACGCGUGAGGGUGGGAGACAAAGAAACGGAGCGAGGCCGCGAGGACGCAGCCCGCGAGGAAGCGGAGGCGCCUGAGCAGGGCGAGGGGCCGACAGGGAAGAGAGCGUCGAGUUUGGGAGCGCGCACAGAAGCGAAAGACGGCAACGGGGACGCGCAGCGCGACGAGCCUGGAGGCGAAAACGGAGGGCGGCUGCUCUCGAGUGUCGCGCAGCUCGCAGUUUCUUCUCGCAAGCGCCGCGAUCUUUGUGGAGAAACGGCCAUUUUUCUUGUCGCCAGCAGACAGAAAACAGCUGAAGAGAGGCGAGACGGCGGGGGCGUCAAUCUCAGGGCGAAAAACACUCCGACGCGAGGGAAUACAGCCGCGUUUUCUCUCUCGGUGACGCAGGCGGCGGACAAGAUGAAAGAGCUUCGGCCGCGAUCUGCGGAGGGCGUCGGUCCCGGACGGAAGGCUGCAGUGAAGGCGCGAGCGAGGAGACAGACUGCGGCAGUUGCGGAACCUCCAGCUUCGGAGGCGAGCGAUUUCCUUUCAGACGAAGAAGCGGCACCAGAGCAAGCAAGUUUGCCGGGGGAGCGCGGCGCGCUGAGAAAAGGCAUCCCGAGGAAAGGAAGCAAGCCACAGGACUCCGAGGAGGUACGAGAAGAAACAGACGAAGAGAAAGGCGAUGAGACAGGCACAACGACAAACUCCGAGGAGGACGGAAGGACCAGCGAAGAAGAAGACGAAGAAGAGGAUGAGGAGGAGGAUGAGGAAGUAGAGGAUGAGGAAGUAGAGGAAGAAGACGAUGAGGAAGAGGAAGAAGAGGAAGCAGAGGAAGGGGAUGAGGAAGAAGACGAUGAGGAAGAAGAGGAAGAGGAAGAGGUAAAAGAAGAUGAGAGCGAAGGGGAGGCCGAGACGGCGGGGGCCGAUUUUGAGGACGAACUGGAAGUUGAAGAGGCAGAAGCACGGAACGCUGUGCGUUCUCAAGCGCCACGGCGUGCUGCGUCUGCCUCUCGCUCUCCGCUCUCUGCCGGCGGCGCUUCGGUCAGUGGCAAGGCAGGCAAACGGAAGGAGCAGAGAGAGACCGCCGUAGCGGAGACAGGCGAGUCGGAAGGAGACGGCUCUGGGAAGCGGAGGGAGAACGAGGAAACGAACGCGGAGGGCCGCGCAAAUCGCCUGAGAAGAUUCGAGAGACUCCUCGAGGUCCCCAACCCGAUGGAGGGAUCCGACGAUCUUCUCUCUGACGAGGACGAAGACGACAACCGAAUCGGCAAUGUCCCCUUGUGGUGGUAUGAGAAGUACGAUCACAUCGGCUACGACAAAGAUGGUCAGCGGAUCGUGAAGCAGCUCUCGUCCUCUGCAGUCGACAGGCUCCUGGCGAAGGACGACCCGGACGGUUGGCGAACCAUCGUGGAUGUGAAGAACAACAAGAAAUACCGCCUCACAGACACCGAUCUGGAGAUUAUUCGCCGCAUUCGAAGCGGCGCCUUCCCUGCGCCGAGCCACGACGACGAGGAAGUUCUUGUCGAGUCCGACCUCGAGGACAGCAUCUUCCCGAUGCACAACAAGCCGGUGCCGAAGAGCCGGUUCCUGCCUUCCAAGCACGAGCAAAAGAAAAUCACGCACCUGGUGCGCCUCAUUCGCUCGGGGCAGCUGCUGAAGGAGGCGCAGCUGCAGCGCGAGAAGGAGGCUCCGGCCGUCUUCGAUCUGUGGGGAACGAGUGUGUACGUGGACCGGAGCGGCGAGGAGAAACGCAGAAAGGGAGCACCCGUCUCGCUGCCUGCGCCCAAACUGGUCCUCCCCGGACACGCUGAGAGCUACAACCCGCCGGAGGAAUUCCUCUUCACCGAAGCGGAGAAGAAGGAGUGGGAAGCCAUGGCCCCAGAAGACCGGCCUCUCGCGUUCCUGCCCCAGAAGAGCUCCGCCCUCCGGCUGGUCGGAGCGUACAAGAACCUUCUUCUUGAAAGGUUCAAUCGGUGCCUCGAUCUGUAUCUCUGCCCGCGCUCGCUGAAAAUGGCGAUGAACGUCGACCCUGAGUCGCUGCUUCCGCAGCUGCCUUCUGCGAGUGAACUCCGCCCGUUCCCGACGCACCGCCGGGUCGACUACCUGCCUUUGUCGCUCUACGCGCAGUUCGUGCCGCAGCCUCUGCCGCUCCACACGCUCUCGGAGGCUCGGCGGCGCGCUCGAGAGACAGGCGGAGCAGGCGGCGCGCCGGCGAGCGCAGGGAUACGCGCCGGCGCCGGGGGCGACGCGGGGACGCAAGGCGAGGCGCGGGAUCUGUUUGCGUGCUGCGUCGACGCGUCGGGCCAGUGGAUCGCGGUGGGCGGGGCGGACAACACACUGCACGUCCUGGAGGUGUUGACGGGGAAACGGUUCCUGUCUUUUCGCCUGCAGGCGCAAGUCACCGCGCUGGCCUUCCAUCCUCGACUGCCGAUCUUGGCGGCGGCCAUUGAGGACCAGCUGUUGCUCACGGUCCUUGACUUGCCCCUGUUUGACCAGAAGAGCGUCGAGCAGCUGACGCAUGCCCAGACGCAGGGCGCGGAGAGAAAGAAGAGACGGGCAUCAGGCGAAGGCGCCGACGAAGAGAGUCAACACGAUUCGGAAGACGGAGACACGCGCCGCGCGGAACUCGCUGAAGCAAAGGCGCUGUUGCGGGUUCUCGAGGAGCCCGCGAGCGAGGACGAGGAAGAGAAAGAAGCCGAGAAGGACGAGCAGGAAGAAGACAAAGAUCUAGGAGAGAAACGCAGGCAGCAAACCAUGAAGGACGUCGGUGUGUGGAAGCAGAUCGAUGUGAAGGGAGUGGCUGCGCCUGCUGAGGCCGGAAGUCUUCAGAGCGAGAAAAAACGAGGGAUGAGCCUUCUUCUCCAGGUGACGACGGGGAACGCAGAAAACCAGAAGCGCCAAAGGACAAAGGGAGCCGCAGCUGACGACGCGGACGAGACUGUCAGCGCGCCGCUAGGUGGCUUUCUCUGUGGAAUCAGCAUUCUCCACGACUCAACCAUCCGAAGUCUGUCUUGGCACCACAAGGGGACGUACCUUAUCGCCAUGUGCCCGGGAAGCGCGUCUCCGUCUCAGCAGUGCUCGGUCCACAGCCUUGCGAAGCAGAAAACAAUUCAUCCGAUUCGUCGGGCAGCGGGAGGCCAUAUGAAGGCGGCAGUUUUCCACGCAACCAAACCCUGGUUGAUUGUGGCGUACCACAAAGGCAUUCGAAUCUUCGACUUGCACAGCAACAAAAAACUCGGACCAAAGGGAGGCAAGCAUCAAGCACUCGUACGGAAACUCAUCGGCGCGGAAGCCAUCUCGUCCAUAGAUGUCCACCCGUCCGGAGAGCAAAUCAUCGCUGGAGCAGAGAAUCGCCGGCUGUACAUCUUCGACCUGGAGUUGUCCAGUCGCGUCUACAAGAUUAUUCGCUGCCACAAGGGCGCCAUCACGUGCGCGAGUCUGCAUCCGUCUUUUCCUCUCAUGUGCACGGCGUCUGCCGACGGGACCGUGCAAAUCUACCAUUUCAAGGUUUUCAACGACUUGGUCACGAAUCCUCUCAUUGUCCCAGUUCGGACGCUCCGGGUGGUAGAAGACUCCACAAGAAACGGCGGCGUUCUUGCGUGCAUGUGGCAUCCGACGCAGCCGUGGCUUGUCACAGCAGACCGCGCAGGCCAGUGCAGCCUCUGGACGUGA